UCACAUGACAGUGGUGUUUCCUCCUGCGGUUACGAGAUAUUAAACAAAUCUGACCUACAGCAUACGCGUGCGUUAUAAACGACAGAUACCUCAAGAACCCGUUUUAGACGAUUUGCGUGCUGAUUGUGUAGUUUGCUGUCAGCUGUUUUUAUGUCGAUUUCGUUGUUUUGAUUUUCUUUGGCAAGAAAUAUGAGCCCCGCCAUCCGCAGACAAAACAUGCCCGCUGGAGCAAUAUUUAGCCUGGUGUUGGCUGUAACUAUACAUCAGUGUUUCACCGCUGAUGCUCCGCCCACUGUGCCUGCUCCUGAAACCAGCUCUCCUCCAGCCUCUCCUGCAACCCCAGGCUGCCCUGAGCGGGGCAACUACAAUGUCACCAAUGCCACCGGCGCUGCCUGUCUUUUGGCACGGAUGGGCCUGCAGCUCAACAUAAGCUUUAUGUCAAGCUCUCAUGGCAAGACUGUUCAGGAAGUUUUGAACCUGCAUCCAAACCUGACUAAAUCAUCUGGAUCCUGUAAGACAGACAGUGCAACCCUCAUACUCACUGAGGACAACAUUAUUCUGACCUUUGUCUUCUCAUUGAAUUCCACAUCAAACAAGUAUCAUCUUAAUGGUUUGGAGCUGUCAGCUGAUUUGCCGGACAUGGCCAAGCCAAUUUCUGUGAGUAACACCAGUCUAAACUACCUGAAAGGAUCUCUGGGCCACUCUUACAUGUGUCAGAAGGAGCAGACACUGAGUGUUACACAGGAUUUCUCUCUCAACACUUUCCAACUGCAAGUGCAACCAUUCUGCAUCAGCGGAGAUUUUGGAGCAGCUGAGGAGUGUGAGCUGGAUGAGGAUGACAUGUUGAUUCCCAUCAUUGUGGGUGCUGCCUUGGCUGUUCUAGUGCUCAUAGUGAUCCUGGCCUACCUUAUAGGCAGGAGCAGAAGUCAUGCUGGCUACCAGACCAUCUAAACACUUCUCAAGUGAUAUUUAAGCCAGGAUGUGUGGGCACCACCAAUUUCUGCUCUAAGCUGGACUCAACAACACUACAAAUACAACUACAGCUGCUUUGUUUAACCUUUCCUGCCCUCUGCUGUUGUCUCACUGUCACUGCUGAGGUGGACCUGCAUUACCUGGACUUUCUGUUGUAUUAUGUUAAUAACUGAGAAUAUAGUAUAACAAUACAUGCUUAAGGUGCAGGGAAAUUAUAAGGUGUGUUCAAGGUUCUAGGGCAUGCUUUGGUAUUGUUUCCAGGACCCAGAUAAACUGGAGGAAUCUCUGGUGUUUGUUAGUUUGGCUUACUCUCGGUCUUGGAAAACAUACGAUCUGUAUUUGGUACCUCGUGCUUAAAUUUAAGGUCAUACAUUUAUUUAUAUAAAUAGGAAGAUUUAGGAAAAUGCUUGCUGACGUUGUUUUUGUGACAUGGUAAGUGUGAAAGGGACUACAUAUUUAACACCUUUUUUCCAAUCGAAUCUCUAGCUAUUUUGUAAUUUGAGGUGGUGUUUUCAGCUGAUAGUGCACAGGUUUUGAGAUUCAUGAAAUUGGGGAAGAUGCGAUUUUAGUGUUGUUAACGAAGACUUGCAUAAUGAUCAUUUGAGUCAGAUGUUCAUUUGGUACUACGUUUUAAUGAAGAGAAAUUCCACCGGUUGCAGAAAAAAAAAAAAACAGGUACAGAAGAGAGUUUAACUAAUGAAAAGGGAAUGUCCGUUUUCUAGAUUAUACCCUUUAAUACCUCUUAAGAACUCUCUUUUUCCCCUCAUACUAAAUAUCAGUGAAAACUUUGUAACCUGCUUGCUUCCAUUUAGUAUUCAUAGGAUUUGCAUUCAUUCAGAAGCAUUAAAAGGGAAAUUCUUUUAGAGUAAGGGAAUAUUUUGGUUUUGCACUUGGAAAAAGAGUAUGAUUAACACUAAUGCAAAGUUUUUAAUGACUUGAAGUAGGGUUAGACUACAGCCUCCAGAUAAAAUUGUUAACUGUUACAAACACUAAGAGAGCAGUGAAUGAAACUGUACUUAAUCUGCCUUAAAGUGUAAAAGUGUACUUUAUUUGCCUGUUCAAAUACAGUUGUGUGGUACUAUCAUAUGGUGGGUAAAUCUCUCUCCUUUCUGCUGGGUCUUUAUACACUAUGGACUGACUGCAUGACUGGAGUUGAUGUGGAUAUUAAAAUGUUGCCUUUGAUUGCUAUAAAA